UCUUGCCUGUUCUUUGCUGCAGUGCAUGUACAUUUAAUUAUCUCAAGCCAGUUAAUGAAAUCUACAUUUCUUUCCAAAUUAGGCAUUUUGCCUAAAGGAAUCCAAAGCCUGGAGAGAUGCUAUCUAAGCAAAAUAUUCCCUUCAACAUCCAUGGUGCUCCUAUCAUUUUGCCUACUUCCUAUGAAGAUAUGGUUCAAAAAUACCAGGAGUUCAAGAGGUUGUUUAGGGAAGAUGCUAUGGAUUAUGCUACGUGCACAGCUAAUGUCAAGAGGAAACGACCUACUCCAAGAAGUUUGAGAGGUGGAAAAGCUCCGCGGGAUAAAGGUGAAGAUGAUGAUGAUGGAGAAGAUGAUGAUGACGACUGUAUGGGAGGGCCACGAAGGCUCGACUUUAGAAACGAAAAAAGCAAUGGCAACAGGUUACCAGACAACAACAGUUGUAAUUAUAACUUGUGCGACAUUACUGAUGGAACUCUAAAACCUUAUUCCCAGCAUAUGCGCUAUGGUGAUCAGCUGCAACCAGCAGAGAUGAGAUAA